AUGUAUGGAAAGUGUGGCAGUCCCAAGGAAGCCAUGGCUGCAUUUGAAAAAAUCGAGCACAAGAACGUCUACUCAUGGAACGUCUUGACUGCCGCAUUUACCUCCAACGGGCACUUGCUCAAAGCGCGAGAGGUAUUUGAUCAAAACCCCCACAAGAACCAUGUUUCCUGGACCGCGAUGGUGGCAGCCUAUGUCCAAUCCGGUCAUAUCCACGACGCCAAGGCUAUGUUCGAUUCAAUGCCCGUGAAGACAGUUUCGUCCUGGAACGCGAUGAUCACGGGCUAUGCCGAAACUGGAGAUCUCCGAUCAGCAAGGGAAAUGUUUGAUUCGAUGCCGCUGCGAGACAUAGUCUCCUGGAACGCGAUAAUCACAGCCUACUCCAGUACCAGUAGCUUUGCUUGCGCAAAAUAUCUUUUUGAUAGAGCUCCAGAGCGCGAUCUUGUGACCUGGACAGCGAUGCUAGCGGCAUUUGCCCGAUCGGGGCAAAUGCUGGAGGCACAGGAUUUCUUCGAUAAAAUGCCCGACGUGAAUUUGGUGGGAUGGACGUGUUUGAUCGCCGGCUAUGCCGACGCUGACCAGGAGCUAGAGGCGAUACGAACAUUCACCAGGAUGGAUCAAAGUGGAUGCCGCGCGGAUCAUAUGGCGUUUGUCACGGUGAUCGACGCUUGCGCCAAGAUUGGAGCUCUGGGAGAAGGUACGGCAAUCCACGGCGAUGUGGCCCAUCUGGGCCUGGCCUCGGACGUGGUGCUGGGCACGGCGCUGGUCACCUUGUACGGACGGUGCUCCAUGGUUGAGCGAGCGCUCGAAGUCUUUGCUGGGAUCGCCCAGAGGAGCGUCGUCUCGUGGUCGGCUAUGAUCUCGGCCUUGGCGCAGAAUAACCGAGGGGAGGACGCGAUCAAGUUCUUCCGGGUGAUGGAGAUCGAAGGCAUGCAGCCCAACGAGAUCACGCUCGCCAGCGUCUUCGACGCCUGCUCCAGCGUCCCGGAUCUCACUCUGGGAAAGCUCCUCCACGCGGAGCUCUCGCCGGAGGAGCUCCACACCAACGUUGUCCUCGCCACCGCCGUGAUCACCAUGUACGGCAAAGCUGGCGGGCUAGAGCUGGCGAGGCAAGCGUUCGAGAGCUCCCCAGUCGCGAGAACCGACGUUGUCUCGUGGACUUCCAUGAUCACCGCCUACGCCCGGAACGGAUUCCCCGCAACAGCCACGGAGCUCCUCCGAGAGAUGCUGCUCCACGGCGUGAGACCAAACGAGAUCACGCUCGUCAGCCUUCUCUCCAUCUCCAGCCACUCGGGGAAGCUCGGCGAUGGAUCCGACUACUUCCAGCUGCUGCUCCACGACUUCGGCAUCACCCCGGCUCUGGAGCACUACGUCUGUAUGGUGGAUCUGCUGGGACGCUCGGGCCGGAUCAAGGAAGCCGAGGAUCUCAUCGCCAACAUGCCGUUCGAGCCUCACUCGGUGCCGUGGAUGGCGCUCCUCAGCUCGUGUAGACUCCAUGGCGAUACUUCACGCCGGAGGCUGCGAGAGAGAACCGCUAGCGAGCUCGUUAAGCUGUCGAGUCGGGACGACGCUGCUCCAUACGCGCUGCUGAACGCUACCAGGUGA